UUAGAAGUUAGUAUUUAAAUGUAAGUGGCUGUUAUCGUCCAAUCCGAGAAAUGGAUAUUAAACAAUUUCGAGAUUCUGCUGAACUUUCUGAUUUUACAGUAUAUAUUGACAGUGAAAGGUUCAAACUACAUAAAUUCCCUCUUUACACGAAAUCAGAUUACUUUAAAGAAAUAGCCAGUGGUAAUCCUGUAUGUCAAAUAAGCGACUUUCCUGGUGGUUCUAAGACUUUUACAGUCAUUGCUGAUUUUUGCUAUGGAAAAGACAUAAAUAUAACCCCGCAGAAUGUUGUUUUUCUUUACGCUGGGGCUGAAUUACUUAAAAUGAAAGGAAAGGAAAAUUUACUUGAAAUUUCCAGAGGAUUUAUCGACAAUAUAUUCCGUAAUGCCUAUGAAAUGCGAGAGGUUACAGAUCUAAUUUGCAUUCUUUGUUCAGCGUAUGGCUUGAAAUCUGAAGCCACAAAGAAAGUGUAUGAGGAAUCAGUUGAACUUUUGGUCUCUUUAUGGCUUCAUGAAGAAAAUGUUUUUAAAACAUUUUACCCUGCUCAUAAUAAAGCACCAUCAGACUGCAACAUUAUGCACGGCGAUAAUCAGAUUGCAGAUUAUCUUGCUUAUCUGCCCUUAGGAAGUCUUCUGAAAUUAAUUGACAUUGCUAGAAAUAAAGUUGUGGACGAGACUGUCAUUUUGAGUUUAUGCGCGAAGUAUCUGGGUAGAAUUCUAGAUCAUUAUAGUCCUAAAGAUUCGGAUAAAGGUGAAACUCCUAAAAGUUUGGAUACCUCGAAGAAUGUUAAGGCGAAGGAAGUCAUAGCAAAAGAAACUCCCAAAACCUGCCUUCCAACGUUCUGUGGUUUAAAUUCACUUGUAAAAUGUGACCAUCAGAAAAAACUGGAGGAGUUGUAUGAAGAGAAUUCUAGCCUGUCUGAAACUUUGAAAAAUACAACGCAGCAAUUCGAAAGUGUUUUUGAAGCUCUUAAAAAACCUGUUGGUUUGUCUGAUUUCAUCAAUAAAAAUUGGAUCAUUAAGGCACUAGAAGUCACAGAUUCAAAUGAAGUGAAACUAAAAUGUCGGCCAGAUAUUUUGAAAAUAGCCAAUAAAAUGCUUGUCACUCUAAGUGAACAAGAUUAUGAACAACUUUCACCAUCUGUACUUAAUGAUAUUAUAUGUGCUAAUGAUAUAAAGGUGGAAAAAAAACCUGUAGAAGAAACUGGUAAUCUUUCUAGAAGGAGUUCAAAACGUCCAAGUUAUACAGAAGACAAUCUAGAUAAUAAUACUUCAGAAACUUCUAUCAAUCGGAAACGUAGCAUUAAAAAAGAUAAACCUAUAACUACUGGUAAUGAAAAAAAUGCAGACAAAAUAGAAACAAAACAAAAUGUUCUACCUGAAUCUGUUGCAUACCAAAUCAUUAGAUAUAUGUCAAAGAGAGCUGAUGAAAAGAAGCUUACAAUGAAGGAAUAUAUUGAAUUUCUUAAAAAAAUUCAAAUCUCAGAUUCUCAAGUUCCUCUUGAUGAUGAUUUUAUAAGAAUUCUGAAAAAAUUGACUGAUUCAGGACAAGUACAUAAUGAAGAAGAAACGAAAGAGAUACUAACCCAUAUUAAUUUGAAUAAUUGUACAACAGAUACUUUAAAUGAUGUUCUAGAAAUGGAUUUAUUCCCUCCUAAGACUGUCGCUGAGGCAGCACUUUAUGUUGCUAAUAAGAAACAGACUAAUCAACUUUGGCCUUCAAAUAAAUGUGAUUACCAUUCAGAAUGUCCUUGUUCAUAUUUGAAAACUUCUUACUAUACAAAACCAUUAAUGCUACCAAUGAGAGGUAGAUGUCAAUACAAAGAAAAUGAUUAUAAUUCAAAUUAUUCCAGGACAUUUUUCCCUUCUUAUAAUAAAUCACGUAGUUCUUCUGUGAAUACACGUCCAACAUCCAGUUGUAAAGAUAACAAUUGUCGUCCACCAUUUCUACCAUAUUCUCCUUUUCCAGUCUAUUCAAAUGAAUCCACAUUUCGUUAUGAUACUAAUAAUAUAAAGUACUCAAAUCCAUCCAAUAAUAACUAUACAAGAAGCAAUUACAAUAAAGAUAAUAUAUAUUCUGAUAUAUCUAAUGAUUACAAUGUAUACUCUACAUCACCAUGGAGAAAAAAUUAUCUAUCAACAUAUAAUAUUUAUUAG